CCCCCGUCCCCUCGCUCGCUGCGCCAACCCAGCCCAACCACUCCGCCUACUCCGAGGGCGAGAAGCUUCGAGGAGCUAGGGUUUCCCGCACCGACCGAUGGCCGUCGCCGAAGCGGUGCUGCCCUCGUCGCCGCCGCCGCCCCCGCCGUCGCGGAUCGUCGUCGUGGUGCUGGCGCUCGUGCACUUGGCCCUCGCCCCGAUGCUGGCGCUCGGGCGCGUCCUCUGCGUCGCGGCGGGAGCCCUCCCCUACCUGGGCUUCGCGCUCGCGUGGGUCAUCUCCGCGGCCUCGGCUGCACAGGUCGUGGCGAUCCGCGCCUGGGGCGAGAGCUCCGCCGCCUUCCUGUUCCUGCAGGCCCUCGUGUACGGGGGGCUCAAGGUCCUCAUCUACAGCAUCCUUGUGUUCGUCGCGCUUCUCGUCCUCUUGGCGUGCGUGGCCUACGUGAUUGCAGUUGUAUCUGGAUCCACUUCGGAAUUCAAGAAGAUCGCCUCAGGAGCAUUCACGCGGGAGUCGGUUGCAGACUUGUUUAGGCUUCCGCGCAUCGCGGUGCUUGGAUACGUUGCAGAUGUGGGCUUCUUCCUUCUUACGGUCGCUGGUCUUCUGGUAGCGAUGAUGUCGCCGCACGUGGAGGGUUCGAUGUCUCAGGGUGAAAUGGUCGCAUCCGUAAUCAUGGAUGUGGCGGCAUUUGGUAUGCACGCGACAGCUUGCUUUGUUAUCAUCCCAGCACUCGUUCUUAGUGUCUGGAGGGGGGACCAGGUGGACAGGAAAGCGCCAUCGCAGUUAUGUUGAGUCUGAUGAAAUCUUGGGUGGCACUAUUGGCAGACCAAGCUAAGAAGAGAAGGUGUCCGGGGAUUAUGGCAAGGAUCCUAAUCGUCAUUCUACUGAUGGUUGGGAGUGAUCCCUACAGAUACAAGUUUCCACAGGAAAAAGAGAGUUUCUGCAGACUUGGUUCUUCCAUUAGUAGAUGCUAAUCGUUGUUAACCAUGGAAACUGUUUUAGACUUGCUUAUUUCUGCUAUUAUUAGAUCGUAAUCGUCAAUAGCUAGCCAUGAUGUUUGGUGGGUCAUUAUUGGUCGGCUGACGAUGUUUGAUGCUACUCCUCGUUUGCGGUCCCUUUGUGACACACUUUUGGAAGAAAACGCUUCCAUGAGACAUUAAUCUCGUGAA